AUGACAUCAUCAGUACUUUGUUCCGACUUUCUUAAACCUAAUUUGGUGGCUGUCGGCACGAUGAAUAAAGAAAUAAAAGUCUUCGAUUAUCGUGUUCCCACGACAACGACGACUGCAGCUGCUCUUUCAAACACUUUCCACACAAGUACGGUGCUCUGUCUGAAAUCUCCCUAUACAAUCACUAGCGGCUCUUUAUCUGAUGGGAAUCUCUUCAACUCUUCUUCCAGUUUAGAUUUCAGUGAUGCCAAUUCAGUGAUCUCCAAUAUGGGUGAAAUUUGUCUCAAUGAUACACCAGACCCUACUCCUACGGAUAUACCUCCUCCAUCUCAGAAUGUUGCCUUCUACAGUGGUGGUAAAGAUGGCAUUUUAGCCGCCUGGGAUCUCCGAAAUUUUAAUGAGCCCCUUGCACGACAUAAGUUCCGGUCCUACCCUCGAAAAAUCUCUCUUAUGGACAAUGAAGAAAUGUGGGUCGCUGAAAAUAAUCGCCUUCACGUCUUUCGUACCUUUCCAUCUCGUUCUACUGAUCAGGGUUCCGUAUUCAAGCAUCUCAAGGUUUGCACUUUCUCUUAUCUUGAGCUGGCGCUUGGUCAUUUCCCUUCCAAUUCCCAAUUGAUCCACCUGAUCUUUCCCUUCCCACAUCUCCCUUCUUCAAACAUGCAUGUGGCCCAGCUCAGCAACCUGCUAUCCCUCUUUCUACUUGUUCUAAAGGAGAUUAAGUGCAAUAUCGCUCUUGUAGAUAUUUAUCGAAAAGGUUCUCACAAGUACUCCAAUAGUCUUGGGGCAAUAUCCUCACUGGAGGCAACUCCUGGAGGUGUUUUUGUGACCUUGGGCAGUCGACACCUCGACGCUAUUCAUCCAACCAUACCAGUGAGAUCCAUGCUCAAAGAACCUCUCAGGAAUAGCACUUCCAGCAAUAUCUACAUUGCCUUGUCUUACGCUCAAGAGACGCUAUUGGCUGGGGGCGACAAUGGGGCCAUCUCUGUUUUCAUGUCCAAACGACGGGCGAAUCAAUUGCAGGAGUCGGGAUCGUCGGCAUGA